AUGGCGCUGAAUCUCUUGAAACUUAUUAAAUCAGAAUCUCAUAUAUUAUUACGAAGACAUUAUAGCAGUUCAGCUCCAUCAACCAAGUUAUACAUAGAUGGACAAUAUGUUGAAUCAAAAACUAGCGACUGGAUUGAACUCACCAAUCCCGCUACUAAUGAAGUUAUUGGCAGGGUACCCGAGGCGACUCAAGAGGAAUUGAAUUUGGCUCUCGAAUCUGCUAAAAAGGCAUACAAAUCAUGGAGUCAAAGCACAGUAUUAACUCGUCAACAACUCAUGUUGAAGUUUGCUCGCCUUCUGAGAGAAAAUCAAAGCAAAUUGGCGGCUAAAAUAACAGAGGAGCAAGGAAAAACUAUUGCUGAUGCUGAAGGAGAUGUACUUAGAGGAAUUCAAUCUGUGGAGCACUGUUGCAGUAUAACAAGUUUGCAGCUCGGCGAUUGUAUACAGAACAUAGCUAAAGAUAUGGACACACAUAGCUAUAAAGUACCACUCGGAGUCACCGCUGGAGUAGCAGCAUUCAACUUCCCAGUAAUGAUACCGUUAUGGAUGUUCCCACCCGCGUUAGUGACUGGCAACACUUGUAUCAUCAAACCAUCGGAACAAGACCCCGGAGCCACACUCAUGAUGAUGGAACUGCUUCAAGAGGCAGGAGCUCCAGCUGGAGUGGUUAAUGUUGUUCACGGAACUCAUGACCCUGUGAACUUCAUAUGUGAUCACCCUGACAUCAAAGCUGUGUCAUUCGUAGGGGGUGAUGCAGCGGGGAAACAUAUCUAUAGCAGGGCGUCGGCUGCCGGCAAGCGUGUUCAGAGCAAUAUGGGUGCCAAAAACCACGGUGUCAUAAUGCCCGAUGCUAACAAAGAGCACACAUUGAAUCAAUUGGCUGGAGCGGCCUUUGGAGCCGCUGGUCAAAGAUGUAUGGCACUCAGCACUGCCGUGUUUGUUGGUGAGGCCAAAGAAUGGAUACCUGACUUGGUGAAACGCGCUGAGGCUCUUAAAGUUAAUGCUGGUCAUGUACCCGGCACUGAUGUUGGUCCAGUCAUCUCUGUUAGAGCUAAAGAGAGGAUUCAUAGGCUUGUUGAAUCUGGAGUAAAAGAGGGCGCUAAAAUUGUGCUUGACGGUAGAGGGGUUAAGGUUCAAGGCUUUGAGAAAGGAAACUUCGUCGGACCAACUAUUCUCACUCAUGUACAACCAAACAUGGAAUGCUACAGAGAAGAAAUCUUCGGUCCCGUAUUAAUUUGUCUCUUUGUUGAUACUUUGGACGAAGCUAUUGAAAUGAUCAAUUCAAAUCCCUAUGGCAACGGAACAGCUAUCUUCACAACCAACGGGGCGACCGCAAGGAAAUUUUCUUCACAAAUCGAUGUUGGCCAAGUCGGAAUAAACGUUCCCAUACCAGUACCAUUAUCUAUGUUCUCAUUCAGUGGAAGCAGAGGCAGCUUUUUGGGUACAAAUCAUUUCUGUGGCAAACAGGGUAUCGAUUUUUACACGGAAUUAAAAACCGUUGUAUCAUUCUGGAGACAGAGUGACGUAUCUCACGCUAAGGCCGCCGUUUCUAUGCCAACUCAGCAAUAA